AUGGGUGCAACGUGGGCAGCGGGUCCUUCAUUUAUCAUGGUUUCUCCUACUAACAAAGCAUACCGACCAGCCGCCAUAGCUCUUGCGUGGGCAACAGCGGCUGGCCUUCCCUUAUUGCUGAGGGUGUAUGUAUCAGCAGCUGUCCUCUGGCUGUGGGCCCUGGCUGCUGGAGCCUUGGUUGCGUCUCUUGGGGCAAUAUCAAAAUCACAGAGCUUGCAUAAAAUCAUGUUAGAUGCAGACGCGGACGCAGGCGAUAUCAUUGACGUCCUCAGGGCCACUGCGAAUGAGGACGCAGGAGGCUGCGAAACACAGCCCACCACCGCCGUCUGCAAUGGCCUCCUUGCAAACACCUCGCUGCCGGAGCAGUCUGCAGCAGCCGUUGCAUCAAGCCCUCGUAAGCCGCCGGCGCCCUGCAGCUACAACACCGCCACCACAAACUGCACCGUCACGGCUGCACCCGCACUGACGCCAGUGUUGGCCUCCCCAGCCUGCACGAUUGCCGCCGCCGCGGCCCCCAGCACCAAGACCAGUCACGCAGGCAGUGCCGUCAACAGCGGUCAGUCGUCUGCCGUGCCGCAGGCACUUGUGGACAGCGCUCUCGCCAUUGCCGCCUUGCGCCCUAAAAAUCUACGUUACCGCAAUCCACGCUGCACGGCGGCCGCCGCCACCUCAGGCGGCAACGGGCUCGCGGGUGCCGGGCGCGGCAGUGCUGCCGGCCUCUCGGGUCGCACGCAGCUUCACAUCAAAAUUCCCCACCUGGACCCCCGAGAUUUACGGCCGGACCUGGUGUCGACAGUCAGCGAUGCGCUGCGGGCGUACGACACCGGCCUGUUGGUCGUCGGCGCUUACGUCCGGCGCGGCUGUGUGGAGCUCACGUUGGAUUUAGUGGAGUGCGCGACCUCCGGUCCUGAUGGAUGUGGCGACAAUGGCAGCUCCAGGCGCGACGAGCUGGAGUUGUCGACUAUGUUGCUGAAGGCGUUGCGGGUGCCGCCACCAUCACCCGCGACUGCAGUCGCCGCUGCCGGCAGCAGCGGCCAUUCGAACCAGCGGCAUACCGUCCUCUUUCAACGGGCUGGCGCGUGCUGGCGCAUGGAGUGGAGUCCAGAUGCGCAGCAAUGGCAGGUUUGCCGCGAGGCCAGCGGCGUCGACGGCGGCACUGGCGAGGAGAGCGAUGGCUUGGCUCGGCUGUCGCUGUCGGCGCCGCUGGCUGUGCACGCGGCGGCUCAGCUUGACCCCGGCGCCGCGGCCGCGGGUUGCGGGUCCCUCCGCUUAGCAGUAGUCAUACGUGCGGAGAGCCCCCCAUGCGAUUGUCACCAUCAUUGCCAUCAGCAAAAUCAUCGUCUGGGCAUUGAGACAGCGGCGGAUGUUGCGGCAGCUGGUCUUACAGUCAUUGCCAGGGCGAAUGGCAGGACGGUCGAAAUGCCGAUAUUGUCGCUAACACGGCGUUCGAUUGACCCGAAAGCCUCCAUGGCGCAGACGUCGUCGUCGUCAUCAGGCGAAGCAUCGUUUGUAAUGGUCUUGGAGCUCGACCUGGCGCGGCUGUCUUCAGGCCGGAGGAAAUCCUCCCCGGGGCUGGUGGUUCAGUUGGAGCUGCGACGCGGCGUCCGCGUGUUGGAUGUGGUGCCCGUGGCCUGUCUGGCGGAUGAGCGCAUGGUUUCGGAGCUACUUACAGUACAGUGCGAACUGGCCGCUGCUGGCCGUCUCGAUACCGAGGACGAGGCGUACGCUAGCGUUGCGCAGCAGCGCAUCGAGGCGCAGGAGCUGCUGGGGGAUCUGGGCGCCUGGCUGGACUUCACGGCGGUUUGCGGAGCUGCGGACAUGGCACCACCCAGCACGGCGGCUGCCGCCGCCGCUGCUGCUGCCGCCGGCACGGCGGCAACGGCAAGGACUCCGCCGCCACCGCCACGCGACUCUCUGGAUGUGUCCGAUCAGGUCAAGGCCACAUUGCAGACCCCUGCCAUGCAGCGCAUGAUGCUGAGCGCUGGACGGCACCUGCUGAAUCACUUUGUGAACCAGGGCCAUGUGGCGCUGGCUUGCGCCGUACAUACCGAUCUAGCACCGCGGGCUGCGGCGGCAGCAUCCAGCUGUGGCGAUGCAGCCGCCAUCAUUGAUGACGGCGAGGAGGGUCUGCCGCUGCUUCACGUGGCCGUCCGCAGCGGCCGGCAGGCUAUGGUGGAGGCGGUGCUGGAGUGGCAAUGCGGCAGCGGCGUUGCUCCUGCGGUGGCGGCGGAUGCGGCAGUUUGGGGCGCAUGCGGCCCCGGCGGCAUCACGGCUCUGCACCUGCUAGCGGCGGAUGCGCGCUGCGGCGCCUCUGCCGCCACCGCGGACAACGCUGCGGAGGCGGAGGCGCUGCUGUGCUGGAUUUUGUCCACAUGGCCAGGCGCAGUGACGGUGUGGAAUACGGCGCGUGACGCUCGCGGGAACACGCCGGCCAUGCUGUGGGCCGGGUUGGGAGGGCACGACUUGCAGGUGCCUGCGGCAGUGGAGGCGCUAGGACGGGUGGCCGACGAUGUGAACGCUGCAGCGACCGCCGCCGCCGUCGCCGCCGCCGAAGAAGAAAUUAAGGAAGGAGGUAAUAGAGGAGAAGAAAAGGAGUUCACUGCAGCAGUCACGGCCUUUGGCGAGCUGCCCAUUGCCGGAAGUAGCAGCAGCAGCAGCAGGAGCGAUGCCAAGGCACACUUGCCGGCGGCAGCGGAGGCAGCAGGAGCAGCAGGAGAAGUGGGUGCAGUACCGGCACCAGAGAAUCAGGAGGAGGAGGAGGAGCGGGUGGAACGAAUGGCCGACUCAUCUUUGGCGGCGCCGCCAGGCAUAUCGGAGCUGAUGGUCCUGUCACUACGUGGCUUCAGCCAACGAUCCCUGGAACGCGAAUACGUGGAUUACGUCACCCGAAGCACAUCCCCCUCCACGUCCAUCUGGCUGAUCAUCAUGGUGGUGGCCCACGUGACGGCCUUCUACAAGAGCCCCAAUCGGGAGGAGGGACGCCAGGCAAUGAUUGGCGGCAUAGCCUAUGUGGUGUCACUGAGCGUCAUGGCCCUGGCGCCGCGGACGUACACCACCGUCCGCGAGGGCCUCAUGCUAUCUUGCUUGUUGGGGCGGACACUGUGCAGACUGCUGAUGACCAUCCUUCCUGACCACCUACACAUGUCCGAGUCCGUACAGAAGUACGUACGGUACGGCAUUGACAUACUGCUCGACGGCUUCAUGGAGGGCACCUUUGAGCAGGCCCGCGUGCCCCGGGCCUUGGCAGCGCGCGUGCUGGAGUGGCCCGUCAUGGCGGCUUUCAUGCAGUCCAUAGGCGUGCGCCCGACAUACGGCGCGGCGCUGCUGCGUGCCGGGGCGGUUAGCGGCGCCGGCGCCGCCAUGUCCAUGAUCAUGGAUGUGCGGGCUCGGGCCCUGUUUUUGCGGGAGCGCCGCGCAAGGGCGGCGGCCACCCUCCGGGGGCUGAAGCUCAAAGCGGAUUGA